GGGCCAGGACUUGUAGCGCAUUUGAGAUUUUGGAUCGGAAAAGCGGAGAGCUGGAAUCCAGGUCUGCUCGGAAAAAGAACUCAUUUUUGCUCAACUUCCUAGAACCUCCAAAAUCAACAGGCCGCUUACGCUUCCUUUCUCUUCCAUGGAGCCACAACUACUGAUGGGCAAGGAAUCCCAGGAAGAUCCCCGCAAGAAGACCCCAGAUACGCCUCCGCUUGCUCCGGCGACGGCGGCGGCGUCCUCCAACAAGCCCCCUCCUCCUCCUCACACGGCGCGCCUCCAAAACCCUACGCCUCCCCCCACCUCGAGCUCCGUCGCGGAGCAGACCACCGACCAGGGGAACACCGGGGAGACGCGCAAGGAAGGAGGAGGGGAAGGGGCAGAGCAAAAGGGACCCAAGCCCCCGGCCACCGGGACGACCGCGGUGGGACCCUCCUCGGCGACGGCAGUUGCUGCGGCGGCCGGCGCCGCCACCGAUCUCCAGAAGAAGCUCCGCCGAGCGGAACGUUUCGGGAUGCCCGUGCUGCUGACCGAGGAGGAGAAGCGCAACUCUCGCGCCGAGAGGUUUGGGACUGGAUCUCCCUUGCAUGGAACAAAGAAUGCAGGACAACUGGAAGAGCAGAAAAAAAAGGCCCGGGCAGAGAGGUUUGGGUUUAAAGUACACUCCCCAGUUGAUGAGCAGGCAAAGAAGAAGGCUCGGCUAGAAAGAUUUGCUCAAAAUUCCAAAACUGGAACUGCUGAAGAAGGAAAAAAAAAGGCAAGAGCAAUCAGGUUUUCACAAACAUCUGGCACCUCAUCUCAAGCCAAUGGCAAGGCCAACUCUGAACUGAAGACAGCAUCUGUAGCUAACACCUCAUGAGGGGGCAGAGGAUUGAGGGCUCUUUUUGGUUAAGACAACGUGGCUCCCCCACCAUACCCACUCAGAGGGUCAUACUUGCUGCGCACCUCGAGAGUUAUUCUAUCGCCUAGCUUUUCUUACCGAUCCUUUUUAAACAUAUAAAUCUCUUCUUUGGCCGGACUCUUUAUGUGCUUUGUAUGCUGCUGCCUUCCUAAGCUCCUGGUUGCUGUUUUCACCCAUGGAGUACAUCAUAUGGAGGUAUCAUUGUAGAAAGUGGAAAACAUGACUUGUGGCAAUGGAGAUACUUUCUUUUCUUCUGUGUGCCAUUGAAGACUGUAUUAAUGUGGAAAUGGUGACCCGUAGGAUUAUAAAGAGCCAUUGGUUGA